AUGUGUUACUACCCUCUCUCAUCCCCUCACCCCUCCUCUCAUCUCCCCCCCCCCUCCCUCCCUCGUCCCCUCCUUCCCUGUAACUGCCCCUCCAUUCCCUCACUCUGGGCCCCUCCUCUCGUCUUUAUGCCCCUCUUUCCCUCUCUCAGCGCAUCUCUCCCUUCCUCAGCCCCUCUUUCCCUCUCUCAGCCCCUCUUUUCCUCUCUCAGCCCCUCUUUCACUCUCUCAGCCCAUCUUUCCCUCUCUCAGCCCCUCUUUCACUCUCUCAGCCCCUCUUUCACUCUCUCAGCCCCUCUUUCCCUCUCGCAGCCCCUCUUUCACUCUCUCAGCCCCUCUUUCCCUCUCUCAGCCCCUCUUUCACUCUCUCAGCCCCUCUUUCCCUCUUGCAGCCCCUCUUUUCCUCUCUCAGCCCCUCUUUCACUCUCUCAGCCCAUCUUUCCCUCUCUCAGCCCCUCUUUCACUCUCUCAGCCCCUCUUUCACUCUCUCAGCCCCUCUUUCCCUCUCGCAGCCCCUCUUUCACUCUCUCAGCCCCUCUUUCCCUCUCUCAGCCCCUCUUUCACUCUCUCAGCCCCUCUUUCCCUCUCGCAGCCCCUCUUUCACUCUCUCAGCCCCUCUUUCCCUCUCGCAGCCCCUCUUUCACUCUCUCAGCCCCUCUUUCCCUCUCUCAGCCCCUCUUUCACUCUCUCAGCCCCUCUUUCCCUCACUCAGCCCCUCUUUCACUCUCUCAGCCCCUCUUUCACUCUCUCAGCCCCUCUUUCCCUCACUCAGCCCCUCUUUCACUCUCUCAGCCCCUCUUUCCCUCCCUCGGCCCCUCAUUUCCCUCGCUCUGCCCCUGCUUCCCUCACUUUGCCCCCCUCUCAUUAUCUUUGCCCUUCAUCCCCCUUUCUCAGCCCCCUAUUUCACACACACGGCCCCUAAAUCCCUCUCUUGAUCCCUUCAGCCAUCCUACUGUCCCUCUUUCCCUGAGCGCAAGGCACCCCCAUCCAUUCACACUAUACUUACUCGCAGGAGACCUCCUCCAUGCGCUCAAGCGUGGCAUCAGCGGGUGGAGUGGGGAAGGGAGGGGUGCGGGGGAGGGGUGGGGGGAGCAGGGGGGUUUAGUAGUUAGGUGCAUCAGAUCGCACCUCAUCUCCCCGCUGUCUCUCUCCGAGUGCAUCCCUUUCCGUCCUACGCCCCACUUUCCCAUAAUCCUUGCCUCACCUUUCCUCUCUCUGCCCCUCGUUCCCUCGCUCUGCCCCAUGUUCUCCUCUCUCCGCCCCUCGUGCGCUUUCUCUGCCCCACUUUCCCUCUCUCUGCCCCAAUUCCCCUCUCUCUGCCCCAAUUCCCCUCUCUCAGCCCCAAUUUCCCUGUCUCUUCCCCAAUUUCCCUCUCACUACCCCUCUUGCCCUCUCUCAACCGCAAUCUCCCUUUCUCUCUGCCCAAACUUACCCCAUCUCUGCCCCUCCUGCGUGCUCUAUGCCCAGCAAUCACUUCUCGCUGCCCCUCCUUCAUCCCUCUGCCACUCCCUCCCUGUCUCUGUCCCGAAUUCCCUCUUUCUGCACCACUUCCCCCUCUCUCCACCCCGCAUUCCUCCCUACCUCUUUACUUGA